GAAAAUGAAAACUGUCAAGUCAAAGUUAGCGGUUGUCGUCAUCUGUGCGCUAGUCAGGACACACAAUGUGCGUGAGCCAUGACUGGACAGGUGACCUGGGAUAACACACGCCGCGUGUUCAGCAUGGAGCCAACAGCUGGCUGCUUCCCGACAGUCCCGGAGCACGAAUUGUACCGCAGUGUCCAAGCGGUUUUGCCCAGAGAAACCGACAACCUGCAUUCUCCCGACUGUCUCAACAAAGGCAUGCUGAGAUGGACUCUUCACAAGAAGGUGCAGGACAAUCCGGCCAACAGCGUGUCUCUGCUGUGGGUUCUGAUAAAAGAGCUGGAAAAGGCGGAGAGGUGGGACAAUCGUGAAUACAUCAUUCCUCUGCUCCACACACUCAUGUAUGCCAUCAUUCAGACAGCCUACAUCCCAGAUGAGCUCUACAAACGUGUUUAUGACGUCUGUAAGCGACUGCUGACCUACCCUCAGCCCUAUUGCACCGUCGGCCUUAGCUACACCAGGCAGAUAAAAACUGAACGCUCCAUCCCAGGUCUACUCUAUCAGAGGAUGCUGGUCGCAGAGCAAAGACUGAAUAAUGAACAUUAUCCCUUUCAAGAGAGGGUUUUUGUUCUGGCCGACCCUGAGGUCUUUUCUGGCUCUGGGGCACAAGUUGUGAUGGAUGACAUUGAGGCAGCAAUGGCUUCCGUUUCAAGUCCAACAGCUCACAUGUGCAAUGUGGUCCAACAUUCCAUCCAGGCUGCUUUAGGAGAGCAGUGCCACGGACCCAAACUGACCAAGACCCUUAAGGAUAUGGAUGUCGAACCUUAUUUUCAGGAUGUGUUGGCGACUCUAGAGCAGUGUGUCAAAGAGGGCCACGGUGAGGUGGGGGAAACACUGAGGAGCCGUCUUCAGCAGCUUCAGAGUGAAAUUGUCACAGGUGCAGCCUCAGAGCCUACUUCCGUUGGACCUCUUUCUGACUGCCCUCUUCCUAACCCUGAGAUGAGCUUCCACCUGUGGACAGAGGAUCUGGAUAUCUGGCGAGAGGUGGCCAAGUGUCUGCGAUCCAGCUCCACAACGGAGAAUUUCUCCCUCAGCUCGGAUCACGAGGACCCCGAGCUGGGCGACUCGCCCGGCGAACUAAUGCCACAUGACCAGACUCGCUUCUCGGUCAUAUCCAACGACAGUGGCAUUGAAAGAGACCUACACCCCGGCGGCGAUACAUCGCUCAUGGCAUCGCUCGAUUCCGCCAAUGUCAGCGCAGCGUGGGAAGCCUGCAAAAGCGAGCAAGAGUCGGUCAGGUUGUCCCGCCGUGGAGGCAUGAAGGUGAAGCCGUCCGUGAAGGACAGCGUGGUGCUCAUGCAGGACACCCUGGAAGGUCACGCCAGUCUGUGGGCAGGAGGACUCGGGGGCAGGGAAGGAGGAAGGCAGGUCACGCUGCAAAGGCGAGCAGGAAGCAGUGCGCCUCAGAACCCCUUCCCCAAGCAGCAAAGACACUUUACCGCAAGGAUCGUGGUCAUGGGGGGUGAUAGUAUCGUGGGCCGCCUGGCUAAAGCCUACUACUGCUUAAGGAAAAGGGAAGCACGGAGACUUUUUCUUACUACAAAAGUCAACCUGCAGUUUUAUUACAUUCCCGUUGAUGCAGUGUCAACUACCACCUCCUCUGGCAAGGAGAACCAUCAGUCCAAGCAGAGUUCCUGCACACUCGGAUCCUACCUGAGCAGGGUUGACCCGUGGUACAACUGCAACAUCAACAGUUUGGGCUGCAUGAUCCCCAAACUGGCUAAAAUGCAACAAACAACCCCAGCAAAGCCCAAAGAGCCAUUUGUGUCUGACGUUAUUUCUUACUACGUACGUAUGGGCCAACAGCCGGUCUACUUCAACAUCUACUGCGUAAAGAUCACCUUUAAAACCAUGACAAAAGAACCAGUGGAGGAUGUCUUCCUCACUCAUUUGGAUGUAGAUGUUCCUGAACUCCGACCCUCCAUGGCUCCAAUGAGAGAGAAGCAGAAGAAGAGCAUAGCAGAUGUAUGCGGGGCCCUUGUCUGCAUCAAUUACAAAAAAGUGAUACUCAGUGGUCGUGACGUCGACAGAGGGAUGCCAGUAAGGACAACUGGCGUUCGCAUCAGUGCUAUGCCUUCCAAUGCAACAGAAGAUCUGAACUGUUUGACACUUACCUGGAAGGACGCGUCCGCAAAAGCUAAAAACAACAAUACGGAGUCCAAAAUCCGGAGCAACAACAUCAGGAUUUGUUCGCUAGAGAGUCGAUCAUGGCUCCGAGUUACAAUAGACAGAGAUUCAAAAAGGACCUACAACAAUGUGCAAAGCAUUGAAAUUGCAUCCUGCCUUGACCCUGGAUACUGUGUCCAAAAAUACAUGAUGUCCAAAUUAAACCUCGGCGAGGACAAAAAGGCUGGACUGAGCCAGUACAUGAGCAAAGGACUUCCUCUACCUGUCAACACGUUUGCUGGCAUCAUCAGCUGACUUCUGCACGAGAACACCCUUAACCCUGUGUGCCUCCACACAUGCAAACAUUCUGCAUGUAGAACUAUCUGAAGGCCUAAUGCAACAAUUAGUCCUAAAAAAAAAAUGACUGAACUGUGCUGAACCGCAAGUAAAACUGACACAACUAAUAUUAUUAUUACUGAGAAACGUGACUUAAAUGACACAACCUAUGUUUAUAGAAUUGCACUUAUGCCUCAAACCACCCGAACCUCAUUUUCUCUUCAGGAUUUCUUGCUGGAAGUGUCUUGGGUGUGUGUGUGUGUGUGUGUGUGUGUGUGUGUGUGUGUGUGUGUGUGUGUGUGUGUGUGUGUGUGUGUGUGUGUGUGUGUGUGUGUGUGUGUGUGUGUGUGUGUGUGUGUGUGUGUGUGUGUGUGUGUGUGUGUGUGUGUGUGUGUGCGUGUGUGUUCUGGCAAUGCUUAGUUAAUGGGGACAUCACUCUGUUUACACCAGGGGUGUCAAACUCAAAUACAGAGUGGGCCAAAAUUUAAAACUGAACAAAGCCGCGGGCCAAGGUUGAACAAAUUAACCUUUUAAUAGGGACCCAAACAAGUUUUGCAUUGAAUAUUGAACAAGCAAGGCUUAUAUAACUUUAUAGUGACAUGCAAAAUCAAGUUUCAAAUAAUAAUAAUAAUAAUUAAAAAAUAUCAAUGGCAUAUCAAAUACAAUUUAAAUAAAAAUUGAAUGCCUCUUUUCUAUUUGCGGCCUUCUGAGGUAAAUAUCAACAUUAACUUUUUCCACAGGCUAAUAAAUUUGAAAAUAAAAUAACAAUUAAUAAACCAACCAUUCAGGACUUUAAACUGCUCAGUUUGCAACACACUGAUCUAAUCUGAUGUGCUCAAGCCAGAUACCUGCCAUCUUUUCUUGGAUGCUAGUUCAUUUAUGCCCGGGCUCAGGCUUUGAGCUGAGGCAACCUUCAUUAUCGAACAAAGGUGUUCAUCAGUCAUUAUAUCUCAUAGUCCACCCGUCUUAGGGCGUGCCUUAAAGGCACUGCCUUUAACGUGCUCUACGAGCUGUCGUCACGUCCGCUUUUCAUCCAUUCUAACAACGUGCCGGCCCAGUCACAACGUAUGUGCGGUUUCUGUAUGAACGAUACAGGUUACACUGAGGGUGCCCGUAUAAACAACUUUAACACUGUUACAAAUAUACGCCACACUGUGAAUCCACACCAAACAAGAAUGACAAACAUAUUUCGGGAGAACAUCCGCACCGUAAUACAACAUAAACACAACAGAACAAAUACCCAGAACCCUUUGCAGCACUAACUCUUCCCCCACCUUGUAGCGUCCCGGAAGAGUCUCCCGGGAGGGUUGGCAAGUAUGAUAAUAUGCGGUGUUACCGCGGCACCGCCGCUGUAUAUAAUCUGCGGGCCAGCUCUAGUGUUAACUUGAUAUUGCCUCAAGGGCCAAGUGAAAUUACACGGCGGGCCAAAUUUGGCCCGCGGGCCAGAGUUUGACACCCAUGGUUUACACAGUCAUCUUUAGGGGACCUCUGACAGUAUGGGGACAAAAAAACAGGUCCCCUAAAGGGAAACCUUUUUAAAUGAUAGUCAGAUCCAUUCUGAAGAUGCCUAAGUGAUUUUUAUUACAUUUUUACAUGAUUACCUUAAAGUAUGAUUCACAUUCAGAAUUUUUCCAUCCUUCUAUAUAUGGUAGUUGGAGUUGCAGACAACUUCAUUACUGCUAAAUAGCAGUUUCCAGUAAUGUCACAGAAGAUGCAGGAUUUGCUUUAACAUUUAAGUGGUGAAACUUCCUAUAAGAGGACAGCUGUAGUGCUGUAUUCUGAGGAUCAUGUCAUAUUUAAUUUGAACUUUUUUUUUUUUUAAAUGGUCCUCAGUAGUCAUGUACAAAUGUGUGUGAAUUAUGCAUAAUUAUUUAAAUUUGGUCCCCAUGAACCAUAUUAACUCUUUUUCCCCAGGGUCCCCAGUAAGAAUGAUCAGCACAUUACUUCAUCAAUCCAGAGAUUUAAAGACGUGUAUGAGCUAACUGGGCAGUGGCCAUUUUACCUAAUUUUUUUUAAGUCUCCACAACCUGUAGAAAGGGUGGUCCCCACAAGUGAUGAUCAAAAACUUGGUCCCCAUUCCAAAUGAUAACCAGUAUGUGUGUGUGUGUGUUGGUGUGUGUGUGUCUGUGUGUGUGUGUGUGUGUGUACCAAAACUGUCGGCAUGGUCUGAGAGCAGCUGUGUGUACACAAAUACGCCACUCUUGCCUGCAUAUCAUCAUGCGGUCUUUUGUUUGGGAGGGCCUUUUGAUGAUGGACUGACACUACUCGCUUGUUAUUCAUGAAAUAUGUGAUUGCAUCCCUUCUCUCAGCCACUUGUGACUCAUAUAGCGUCAGAAUCAGUGUGUUAUGUUCCCAGGGAAGUUUUCAUUUUGAUCAUGACAAUGUUGUUAAUCAUGCGGGACAAAAAUAUACACAAAUGUAUAACUCGUGAUCUAUUUUGCACAUCGUUUUCAUGCAGUUUGUCAUAAAAAAAAAAUAAUUGGAUACCGCUGUAAAUCUAAUUGUAAUUAUGUAAAUAAAUAAUAGUGUUUUGUAAAUCGGUUUUCUUGUGUAGUUCCCUUUGCUUUCUUGCAGUGGCGUGUAACGACCACCAGAUAGCAGCAUUUCUCCGGUGCCGUGACCAGCUUGAUUGACAAGGAGUUUUCUGUCCAGAGCAUGCGGAGAGCAUCUCGCCCUCGUACCUCUGCAGGUCUGUGGCUCUCUGGCAAUGACUCACUGGAAUACCGCAUCACACUUUUUGUUGUUUUGAUGUGAUAUUUCUCUUUUAAUUGUUUUUUUCUUUUCUUGUGGGGUUCCUGCUUUUCUGCAUCUGCACCCUGCACUGAGAGGAGGAGCAG